GUCACUCAUGUGCUGUCUUCAAAACGGGGCCAUAGGAUGUUUCAAACAAAGUGAUCGGCCGGACUCUGGGGAGUCACUCUGCAGACAUGGGAGACUUGGAGGCUGUGGAGGUUCUGAUGUCUAUGAACAGCAACUGGAGGUCCAGAAACUUUCAGCCAAUAGAACUUCGGCCUCUGACACCUUGCUCUGAUAACUGUGGAGAAGAUUCUCUGCUGCCCGGUCCUGCAGAAUUCCCAGAAUCUCCUUGUGCUUUACAGUGUAUAACUCCACCACACAGCCCGCUGAACUUUGAACCCACUGACUGUGCCACUACUAACUCUCAAGGACCAGUUCAGACUGCCUCCGGUGAGAACUUGGUGCUCCAAGAGAGGAACGACACACAGAUGAGGUCCCACGCCACCAGUGUGAUCAAGCACACUUCAGAUGUUUUACCCGGUACAUGCAAUACCGGUCCUAGCCAGCAGGAGGCGAGAGAAACCACCGAGCAUUUCACCAUACCAGACUCACAAAGGAGCUGCCAAAACGAGUCAUGUGACGUUUCUGGAAAUGACUCAAAGGUAAACCCUGCUCUGCUAAACUCUGACCGACUCAUUAAGCCAGCUCCUCCUCACAUUCAACAGACUGUAAAUCUCCCCUCACCUGUUGGCGUGAUGUCUGGUUUAACCACUGCAGGGUCUCCUGUGAGUGGUCUGUCAGUGUCAGUAUUCCAGGUGCUUUCGUUUGGACCCCCUAAUAAUUCAGUAGUUUCCGUCUCACCUCAACCUGUGGCCAGUGCACCAACAGCAGGCUCCACAGUUUGCCAGCCAUCUGUGAUCCUUGUAGGGAAUCAGAUUCCUAGCGGUCCAGUCAUGUUUCUCAUGCCGCAAACAGCACUCCCAAAACAGUCGGCAGCAACCACAGGUACCAAGUUACCCGCUAUUGCUCCUGCACCAGGCUUCAACCCAGUAGUGAAAACCAUCGUUCCUCAAUGUGUUGAGACAUCUCGGGUUCGCUGUCACGUCUGCAGCUAUCCAGGGUGUGGCAAGACCUAUUUCAAGAGCUCUCAUCUCAAAGCCCACGUCAGGACUCACACAGGUGAAAAGCCAUUUACGUGUAGCUGGGAGGGCUGCGGGAGAUGUUUCGCCCGAUCAGACGAACUGUCCCGUCACCGGCGCACCCACACGGGUGAGAAGCGCUUCGUUUGCCCCGUGUGCCACAGCCGAUUCAUGCGUAGCGACCACCUGACCAAACACGCCCGACGCCACCUCGCAGGCAAGAAGACGCCCGGCUGGCAGCUAGAGGUCAGAAAUAUUAGCAACAUCACUACCUUAUGUCCUUCAGACCCAGUUUUGACUAGAGCAAACUUGAACUGAAUACAGCAAGUAUAGCAGGACUGAAGCAUCCCAAAGAGGCCACUGGCAAACCGGCAGUUUCCUCACUCAAAUCACUGAUAGAGGACUCGGCACAUAACUCUGCAGUGUAUGGGGAAUACUUACACCAUACACCACUCUUACUCAAGAUGUCACUUCAGGUCAACUUUUUUCACAGCAGUUAGCAACUUCAGUUUCACUUACCUGUCAUUUGUCUCCUCAACAAAAUGGUAUCUUGUCACAGUUUAGUAAUUUAGUGGUAUAAUACCUGUACAGACGAACAUUUUUAUUUCUGCAGUGGUACGGUACUGCUCUACCACCAUUUGAGUUCACCGCUGCUUAAAUGACUUGCAUGAUAUUUUCAGUGUAAAACAGAACAGCCCCUAGCUGUCAAAGGAGCUGGAUGUUUUUGUUUAAUAAAGUGGCAAUAAUGUAGCAGUGUUAAAACAAAAAGUAUUAGCAAAUGAGGUGUGUGCAUUAUACUGUUUUUUUCAUUAUUAAUGUUAUCUAUAUAGUGUUUGUUUAUUUCAGGGUAUCAUUUACAAGUAAAGAUAUACUCUACGAGUUUGACCAAAGCAAUGUUUAGAAAAGCGAGUAUUUUUUGCACAAGUUUUGACUUUUUUUUUUUCACCUAUCUACUUUUGUUAAACUUUAAACUUUGUGAGAAACCAGAUUGUACUUCUGUUUUACAAUAAAUAAUUAAUA